AUGGACGCCUGGGCGCCUGCGCCAGACUGGAACGCCCUCUUACAGCUGAACCUCCUCUUCAUCCGCGGGGAAGUCGACGUCAAUCCAAACCACCUUGCUCCCCUCAACGAAGAGUCCAUGCCGCUCGUACCUGGCCUCAUCGAAUUACACAAGUACGGUAUUCUCACAUGCAAUUCCCAGCCAUUCGAGAAGUCCAGCCAAUUCAUCACCGGCGAGGGCUGGCUCCAGAAGCGACAGCGUCCCUAUCUGCACUUCAUGCUCCCGACAUUACACCCGGAUAUCGACAUUGUCAGCGUUGAUGAUCUCAUCGAGAGCCUUUUCGCUGAUAAGACUAUCCUCGUGUCUGUGUACUCAGAGUGCGACGGAUACUCCAGAACAAGCGACAGGAUGGAGUGCAAGCGACUCGUCCCACUAACCCCUGGUCUCGACCGAGAUACUUACGACUUCCGUACAAAUGCGUUCUGGAACAAAGAGGCUGUUACGACACGCCGGCGUGCAAAAACUUUCAAAGGCUUGACGAAGAAAGCCUGUGAAGAAUGCACUUUCUUCCCAUACACCUCCGUGGCCUUUUUGACGCUUAGCACUGAUCAGUGCGGUUGCGCAGAUGACGACAGCAACUUCAAGGCCGCUACAGUCAUGAGGCCCCUGGCAAUCGGUAUCAUGGCAUGGAAGUGGGGCUCGGACCUCGACCUACAAGAUCUCUUGCGACGACAUUGCGAAGAAGCGGGCCUGAAGAAUGUGCUGAAUGUUGAGUCGAGGAUUGGACGGCAGCACAUGAACUUUGACGGUCAAGGUGGUUCGGAAUGCUCAGAGUGA